GACGAACACGCGAUAACCAAUCCGACUUUUCUCAUUGACGGGCACCCAUGUUAGCUCCGCCAUACAAAGCGGACCGCACCCCGGAAUGCAACGUUGUUCAACCCACUCUCACCCUUAGCUCGCUUACGUUCCACAACAUCGCCCGGCUUGCAUCAAGUAGUCUCCUCGUGAUACGGGGGGCAUCGAGGGCUUGUCAAAACAUUAUGGGAGAGGUGAAGCGUAGCACAGUUUAGAGAAUUGCAACAUUUCUGGGCUUUCAUCUGGCUUUUCGUGAAGAUGAGUUUCAUCCCCGAGGCCGUCACGCCGACGUCCGUCUUGUCAUGGCAAUCUGCAGCUACACUCAUCCUAGUCUGGAUCACCUAUAGCCUAGGUCGCGCCAUCUAUAAUGUGUCGCCUCUGCACCCCCUCAGCAAGUUUCCUGGACCCAAGCUGGCUGCUGCAUCGUAUGCUCCCGAGUGCUGGUACGAUUUCGUGAAGAAGGGGCGGUACACCUAUGAGAUUGUCAAGAUGCACCAAAUCUACGGACCCAUAGUCCGCAUCAACCCUGACGAGGUGCACUGCAACGACGUCCGCUUCACCGACGAAAUCUACGCCAUCAACGGCAGAAAGAGAGACAAGCAUAUUCACCACAUGAUCAACCUACCAGACCCCGCAACCUUCGCCACAUUUGGCACGAUCGACCACGAUCUCCACCGCAGACGGCGAGCCGCCGUCGGCAAGUUUUUCUCCCGGCAGCAGAUGCUCAAGCUCGAGCCGCAAGUCCACGCAUCAGCGCAGAAACUCUGCGACAAGCUUCUCUCAUUUGCUGGUCCGGAGGGCGAGGUCGUGCCUUUGCAAGACGCCUAUAGUUGCUUUACGACGGACGUGAUUACCGAGUACUGCUUUGGCGAGUCGUUUGGGUUUCUUGAGCAGAAGGAGUGGACGCCGAAUUAUCGCGCUGCUGUUUAUGGGGCACUAGUUCAUACGUUCCUCUUCAAGUUCUUUCCGUGGACGAAGAUUGUCAUGAAUGCUGGGCCCUAUCUCAAGAAUUAUCUACCUAGAGAUACGGCGAUCUUUAUCAAUACCUACGCCACCGUCAUUCCAGCCCUCGUAGAGAAGGCUAGAGACCGCAAAGUCACAGGCACAGAUGCCAGCACGCGCCCCAAUGUCUUCGCCGCCUUAUUCGACUCCGAUCUCCCUCCCGAGGAAAAGACGAUUCCACGACUUACAUCUGAGGGUGCCAUCAUGAUAACGGCGGGAACGGAAACAACAAGCUACACGCUUACAAUGAUCAGCUUCCACCUCCUCUCGAACCCAGCAAUCCUAGACAAAUUGACGCGAGAACUUCAAGGGGCCGUCAAGGAUCCGAAGCACCUGCCAAACUGGCCCAUGUUGGAAACACUGCCGUAUCUGAAUGCCGUCAUCUCCGAAGGUCUGCGAUUGGCGCCCGGUGGAUCGAUGCGUACUGGCAGAGUCGCUACCGAGGAGGAUCUCGUCUAUCGCGGGAAGUGGAGGCCUGAAGGAUCGGAUGUCGAUGUGGAUGUGUGCCAUGUCAUUCCCCGCGGGUGGGCGGUCAGUAUGAGCGCUAUCAUCUCCCACCUGGACGAGAGAAUGUUUCCCAACGCCAAGAAAUUUUUACCGGAGCGGUGGAUCGAUGAAAACGGUCAGAAGAGGAGGGGGUUGGAAGCUGGGUUCAUCCCCUUUUCCAAGGGAACUCGACAGUGUGUGGGAAUGCCACUCGCCUACUCUGAGUUAUACAUCGCCUUGACUUCCUUGGUGCUAAGGGUCUUUCCGCGCAUGCAGCUGUACGAUACCACUUUGCGCGAUGUUGAGUAUGAUCAUGACUUGGGCGUGCCGAUUCCCGCGACCGAGAACGGUGUGAAGGUCAAGAUCAUUUGAUCUGUUAGAAUAAUUCAGGAUUCACUAUCAAGCAAAUGUAUUUGUUGAGCAUGUGAGGUGAAUCGCUCAUGAACUUCCACUCCUACAGGCCGGUCGAGUGCAACCACAUCACCAAACUGUCGAUUGAACUUGGAAACUCACAGUCUUUGUGAUUCACUGCCUAAU